AUGGUAGUGCUACUGAUCAUAAGCGUGAUAUUUUUACUCCUUCUAUAUGUCAAACUCAAAUAUUACACCAUUCGCGGUCCUAUACCAGGCCUGUCACCACAUUUUUUGUUCGGAAAUUUAGUUCGAUCGGGUAUGUUGCUGCAUGGUAAAUCUCCAAUUGAAAUCUUCUCAGAAUUCAAGUUUCGUUACGGAGAAAGUUUUCAAUUUUGGUUUGGUCCUACUCGUUACAUUAUUGUUGGUAAUGUAAAUGAUAUUCAACAUAUGUUUAUCAAUCGACAUAUUUAUGAUCAAGGCAAUGUGUUUAUUGAACAAUUUUCUACUCUUUUUCCAAAUGGAUAUAUUACUUUAACAGGUUCCAAACACAAACGACAUGCAGCGAUCGCUAUGCCCUUGUUUCGUCGAGCUAAAAUCAUCAAUAACUUUGACUUAGUUGUCGACUGUACUGACAAGCUAUUGUCUAAUUGGAGUGCAAUGCCGAGCCAUCAUGUACGUUGUGACAUUGUACGACAAUGUCAAAAUCUUCUGCUCGAAAUAUUUGGUUUAAUCAGUGUUGACUACAAUCUUGAUGCACUCAACGAAUAUGAUUCGAAUCACAAUGAGCUCACGAGAGCAUUACACGUAUUUAUGAGUUCGUGUGCAUUGAUAUUCUAUUCGCCACCUAUAGUAGGUACAUUGUAUACGCAUUUCAACUAUCGACAUUGA